GGCGAUAAGCUCGAAGGGGCCAGUUUAGUAUCGGUGCCGUACGCGGCAACACCGGCACAUAAAUGGCGUAAUUUUGACACUAUUUACUUGUUCUUAUAUUAUUAAUAUAGUUGAAUUAAAACAAUUCGUUAAGUAGUUAAGCACCGUGGUCCGCGGCGUGGGUGGACAUGGUCACCGAAACCGGACAAGCGGAGGGGAAUACCUCUUCGUUUUUAAGAGCGGCACGAUCUGGGAACCUUGAUAAAGUUAUUGAACACUUGAAAAAUAAAAUCGAUAUAAAUACAUCAAAUUCUAACGGUUUGAAUGCUCUGCAUUUGGCUUCAAAAGAUGGACAUUUGGAAAUCGUAAAAGAGUUAUUGAAAAGGGGUGCUAACGUAAACUCGGCAACAAAAAAAGGAAAUACUGCACUUCAUAUUGCUUCUUUAGCGGGGCAAUAUGAUGUGGUGGUCACUCUCGUGGAACAUGGCGCAUUGGUCAAUGUGCAAAGUCAAAAUGGUUUCACCCCUUUGUACAUGGCUGCGCAAGAAAAUCAUGACAGAGUUGUUAAGUAUUUGUUAGCAAAUGGGGCCAAUCAAAAUCUGGCAACUGAGGAUGGAUUUACACCAUGCGCUGUUGCCAUGCAGCAAGGUCAUGAAAAGGUAGUAACUGUGUUAUUAGAAAAUGAUACCAAAGGUAAAGUGCGUCUCCCAGCACUGCAUAUUGCUGCAAAAAAAGACGAUUGCAAGGCCGCAGAUUUACUUCUUCAAAAUGAUCAUAAUCCAGAUGUAACAUCCAAGAGUGGAUUUACUCCAUUACACAUUGCUUCGCAUUAUGGAAACGAUGGUAUUGCUAAACUGCUCCUAGCUAAAGGUGCUGAUGUCAACUACUCUGCUAAACACAAUAUAACUCCUUUACACGUGGCAGCGAAAUGGGGUAAAAGUAACAUGGUAUCUUUGUUGCUCGAAAGUGGUGCAAAUAUUGAAGCUAAAACUAGAGAUGGUUUAACAGCUUUACAUUGCGCUGCAAGAUCCGGACACGAUCAAGUUAUUGAUAUGCUUUUACAAAGAAAUGCUCCAAUUAGUUCAAAAACUAAGAACGGUUUGGCAGCAUUGCACAUGGCAGCACAAGGAGAUCACGUGGAAGCCGCUAAAGUGUUAUUGUCCAAUAAUGCUCCCGUCGACGAUGUGACUGUAGAUUAUCUGACCGGUCUUCACGUGGCCGCCCACUGCGGACACAUCCGUGUGGCUAAACUCUUAUUGGAGAAACAUGCGGAUCCUGAUGCCAGAGCAUUGAACGGUUUUACGCCGUUGCAUAUCGCAUGCAAGAAAAAUCGUAUCAAAGUUGUGGAAUUGCUACUCAAGUACAACGCGAGCUUGGAAGCGACUACAGAAUCUGGCCUUACUCCGUUGCACGUCGCCAGUUUCAUGGGCUGUAUGAACAUCGUGAUAUUCUUGUUGCAACAUGAGGCCAAUCCAGAUCUGCCGACUGUGAGAGGAGAAACGCCAUUGCAUCUUGCUGCCAGAGCCAACCAGACAGACAUCAUACGGAUAUUGCUCCGUAACGGAGCUCAAGUGGAUGCCAGGGCUAGAGAGAAACAAACACCGCUUCACAUAGCUUCCAGGUUGGGUAACGUGGACAUCGUAAUGUUGCUGUUAGCACACGGCGCAGCAGUCGACUCGACCACUAAAGAUCUAUACACCGCUCUACAUAUUGCCUCUAAAGAGGGUCAGGAGGAGGUUGCAUCAGUGUUGUUGGAGAAUGAAGCCUCAGUGACAGCAACUACUAAAAAAGGGUUUACUCCACUACAUUUGGCAUCAAAGUAUGGCAACAUUAAAGUCACCAAGUUGUUGUUACAAAAACAAGCUCCAGUUGAUGCACAAGGAAAGAACGGCGUAACACCUUUACACGUAGCAAGCCAUUAUGACAAUCAAGCUGUUGCAUUAAUGUUACUUGAUAAACAGGCUUCACCUCAUGCCACAGCAAAGAAUGGCCAUACACCACUUCAUAUAGCGGCAAAAAAGAAUCAGAUGGAUAUUGCAGUGACAUUAUUAGAUUACGGUGCAAAAGCAAAUGCCGAGUCAAAAGCAGGAUUUACUCCUCUUCAUCUUAGUUCUCAGGAAGGUAAUGUUGAGAUGACCAAUUUACUUUUGAAUCACAACGCCGAUCCUAAUUAUAAAUCAAAGAAUGGUUUAACACCAAUGCAUCUCACCGCACAAGAAGACAAACAUAAAGUAGCUGUUGUAUUGGAUAAUUACCAUGCAGACAUUAAUCCGGAAACCAAAGCUGGAUUUACCCCAUUACACGUCGCUUGUCAUUUUGGUCAAUUAAAUAUGGUUCGAUUCCUAACUGCUCGUCAAGGAGUUAAUAUUAACGCGACUACAGCUUCGGGAUAUACACCACUUCACCAAGCAUCUCAACAAGGCCAUUCUACCAUUGUAAGCCAUUUAUUGGAUAAGGAGCUGAUCCAAAUUUAUUGACAAGUGUAACAAGGACAAACAGCUCUAUCAAUUUCUCAGAAAUUAGGUUACAUAAGUGUAGUAGAAGCUUUGAAAAAUGUUACCAAAGCAGUACCUUCAUCAACUUCGGACGAAAAAUACAAAGUAAUUUCUCCAGAAACUAUGCAAGAAACAUUUAUGUCAGAUUCAGAAGAUGAAGGAGGUGAAGAGACAAUGAUAAACGAACAGUCAUACAGGUAUUUAACAGGAGAGGAAAUGAAGGGUUUCGGUGACGAAUCAGCUCCCAUUGAUGUCACACGAGACGAGAGAUGUGACGUGAAUACUGUACCCCCCACAUCCAUCGACGAAGCUAUCAGUCCACAGACCGUCUAUGACAGUUACAGCGGUCCUGUGGAUAACGUCGACAUCGUUAAAUAUCCACCUCACGUUGGACGUUUGCAAUGGAAAACGUUUUUGGUUAGCUUCUUGGUGGACGCUCGAGGCGGAGCGAUGCGCGGAUGCCGGCACAGUGGUGUCCGCGUAAUCGUACCACCCCGACGAGCAUCCAUGCCUACACGAGUGACUUGCCGAUAUUUAAGACGUGAAAAAUUGGUGCACCCACCACCGUUGAUGGAAGGCGAAUCGUUAGCCAGCAGAAUACUCGAACUCGGUCCCGUGGGAGCUAAGUUUUUAGGGCCUGUCAUGAUUGAAGUACCGAAUUUCGGAUCACUCCGUGGUUCUGAAAGAGAAAUCGUUGUUCUCAGAUCGGAAAAUGGUGAGACGUGGAGGGAACACACAGUUGAAGUGACCGACGAGGUCGUCAAAGACAUACUCGGAGCGAACUUUGAAAAAGAAGACCGCGACCCGUGGCAUUCCGGUAACCGUCUGACGCGGAUUGUGACGACAGAAUUUCCGCAUUAUUUUGCCAUCGUGUCCAGAGUCAAGCAAGAAGUGCAUGCCAUCGGACCGGAGGGCGGCAUGGUCUCGUCGACGGUGGUGCCACAGGUGCAGGCGGUAUUCCCGCAGGGAGCGCUCACCAAGCGCAUUAAAGUCGGCCUUCAGGUAAACUUGUUUAAACCGCGAAGAAAUGUGGCCAGCACGUGCCUAAAGAAAAUCUCCGUUAACCAUGUGCCGAAAAAAAAACGGUUCUCGUUAAUGUGGUGAAUACAUCCCUGACGCAAUUAUUUCGGUGGCGGUGGUGGUUGUGUCUCGUCUUGAAAAAAAAAAAUGAAAAAAACGAGGAAUUUACACAAGACCUUACAUAUUUUUUUUUUUUACCCAACGCUUCAAA